GAUUUUAUUAAUAGAGAACAGAGCUACAGAGGGGUCGGAGCGAGACUGUCAAAUCUACAUAUUCUCUCUCUCUCUCUAUUUCUCUCCCUCUAAAUUCUAAUAAUUCUGAUAUUUCAAUUCGUAUAUUCGCUUCAAUCGCCGAUCUUUGGUACUCUUCCUCGGAAAUUCCUCGUCUUCCUCCUUCAAUCUCUGUCCCUUUUCUCAGAAUAUAAUGUUUCUGAUUUUCAAGAUUAAUAAUGGUGUGUGUUCAGAGAUUAGUACUCUCAUGGCCUCAUCUUCUCUGCAUCAUUGACCAAAAUUUUUGGUCUUUGAGAUUCUUCUGUGAAACUCUGUGCUUUAGAACUUGUCUCAUAUGCACAAAUGUGGAGAAGAAAUGAUUAAUGGGACUGGUUUCUGAUUUGAUAAAAUCCAGACCCUGAAAAAAGAGAGAGAAAAAAAGAUAAUAAUAAUGGAAGGUGAUACAUUUUCAGGCCUUGGCAAUGGAACCCAGAUCGAUGGGAAGAUUAUGCAGACAUUUCAAAAGAGUUUUGUGCAGGUCCAAGAUAUAUUGGAUCAGAAUAGAGUGCUCAUCAAUGAAAUAAAUCAGAAUCAUGAGUCCAAGAUCCCUGAUAAUCUCAGCAGAAAUGUGGGUUUAAUCAGGGAGCUGAACAACAAUAUAAGAAGGGUUGUUGACCUUUAUGCUGAUCUUUCUAAUAACUUCACCAAAUCCAUGGAUGUGUCCUCUGAAGGAGAUUCUAGUGGGGGUUUGAAAUCAGAUGGAAAAGCUGGCCACAAAAGAAUUAGACCUACUUGAAGAGUAAAAUUCUUCUUGUUAAUUCUUUUGCAUGCUGCCCUAAUAUCUUGAAUUUUACAGCUUGUGUUGAGAGGUAGAAGAAGAAGAAGCAUGGUUAGAUUCUGUAACUUAUCUUGCAUCAGUCAAUUCUCUGUAGUUCUCUACUCACUCACAAUUUCUUAGGGAAAUAAUUUCUCAAAAUUUCUAUCUCAUUGUAACUCUGUAACUGUGGAUCUAAUUGAAAAUCAAGCAUGUCUUGUGUUA